AAUCGGCAAGCCAGUCUGACGCCAGGCGCCGCGACGCUAUGACGUCACUGGUCCGUGUUUUUCCGCCGAUCGUUUACCAAGCACGACGUCUAUCGAGGAUCGAGUGAUGCGCGUGUCCUUCGAUAAGAAGAACACGGAGGAGCGGAAAGUCUCGCGGUGCACGCGUCGCGGACAAAUUUAAUCAAUUGCCAUUUUCGUCGACUUCCAAUAAUACCGUACGAGAAAAGUUGCCGACUGAAAGGGUGCGAGGAGACUCGGGGGACCGCCGAGAGUCUCGAAGCAAGUGGAAAUAGAAGAGCCUCCUCUCGUCGCUGGGUCACGAUCGAAUUCGGAAUUCCGAGCGUUUAAAUCGUUUUCGACCGGGCGGGGGGACACUGCAUCGGCCGGCGAGCUCAGCCACGUGAAAGAUGCAAAGCGAACGGUGAGACCGUUCCAGGCCCGUGGAAAAUAGAAAACGCACCGGUAGAGAGCGGAUAAAAGCCGAUCGCGUAACGGAUUGAAAGAGGAUUCUCGCGAGAAACAUGGGCAAGAAGAAUAGCAAACUGAAGCAGGACACCAUCGACCGGCUAACCACUGACACGUACUUUACCGAGAAGGAGAUCCGACAAUGGCACAAAGGAUUCCUGAAAGACUGCCCGGACGGUUUGCUGACGGAACAGGGUUUCAUAAAGAUCUACAAACAGUUCUUUCCCCAGGGCGAUCCGUCGAAAUUCGCCACCCUUGUUUUCAGGGUGUUCGACGAGAACAGCGACGGCACGAUAGAAUUCGAGGAGUUUAUAAGGGCGCUCUCGGUUACGUCACGCGGAAACUUGGACGAGAAACUUCACUGGGCAUUUCGUCUGUACGACGUGGAUAACGAUGGUUUCAUCACGAGGGAGGAGAUGUACAAUAUCGUCGACGCGAUGUACGAGAUGGUGGGACAACAGCCACAGGCGGAGGACGAGAACACGCCGCAGAAGAGGGUGGACAAGAUAUUCGAUCAGAUGGACAAGAACCACGACGACAAGCUCACCCUCGAGGAGUUCCGUGAGGGUAGCAAGGCCGAUCCGAGGAUCGUGCAAGCGCUGUCGUUGGGAGGCGAGUAGUGGCUGACCCCGUCGAGACCGGACGACCAUCCGAUCGCCGUCCGGUCCUCGAGGAGAUAAACGAUUCCUCGGGCACCGAUCCCGAUAAUCAGUGCCGGCCCGGCGUACACGCAUACGUAGGUACACGCAUAAAUAUCAAUCGACGCGGCGACGUUUUACCCUUUCUCUUUCUCUCUAUUUCUCUUUCGAGACAGUUUCUUUAUCUUUGCACGAAUCGUUGAGAAACAUUGUACGAUAGAAACCGUAGGGUUCGAGCUGUAGCUAGGCUUGAUCGUCGAUUUUUCUAGGAUCUUUGUACUCUCUGUACGAACGACAUGGGAAUCGAACAGAUUCUAAGGACAGUUGUAUCAAGUUCAUAAAUCUUAGGACUUUUGACUGUUAUUCAAUGAGACGUCGUAGGAAUAUAUUUCCAGAAAUAUACGUAACAUUCAGAUACAAAAGUUCCAAACAUGAUUUUAGUAAAAUUGUUCAAUCGUUUAAUCGACGUUCUAUACAAUUACUAAUAUAUAACAUUUAUCAAAUACCUCGAACUGUCCUAAGAUUCGUAAACAGGGAUGCGUUAUCCAAUCUCGUUUAAGAUUCGAAUAUCGGAAUGAAUAACCUACAAACGUAAUUUGUUUAUCGAUCUUCCGAAACUUUACACACGCUUUAAAACCGCGAUAAGGAACUUUAUCGUAAAAGUUGGCAGGCUCGCGUGCGUUCCAAGGGCGGCAAGCGUCGGCGGUACAAAUAAUUGUUUCAACGUGGCUGUUUCACUCGAAUUUAAUCCGGAGUGAAAUUUCCCGACGAACUUCUUUCGUUAAUCAUCGAAUGGAACAGAAGUUCGAACGUGGGAUGGGAAGUUGAUUAAAUCGUAAAUAUCAUGUAAGUGGUAAGUUUCCACGAGGGUGCCGCCUGGAUGGGUGUCGUACGCCGAGGAGAAACUGCUGGCGAAAGAAGUCAAGGAAGUGAUUAAAGUAAAAGGGAAGUGGAAAGGGCAAGCGUUCUCUCAUCGACCCGUACCCAACUUUUUUCUCAGACGUGGUCGAACGAAUACGUAUAAUACGGUGAACUUCUUCGCAGAUAGCGUAUGGCCGAGUGCUACGAGCAUCCUCGCGAAUCGCCGAACGAGACAAUCCCCAAUUAUCCAGCCUUCUUCGCACUUUUGUAUCCCCGUGGUUGUGAUAAACAGACUGCGAAUUUUAUGCCCUCGUAAGAGAAUAACAACGCAUGCAACGUAUAAAAAUAUACCUAAAUAUGAGAGGCAAUGCUUGAAUAAUAAGAAAAUAAUAAAUAUGAAAAAUUGCAAUGCUUAAACGAAUAGAAGACAGUUUCUAGUCAAUAUUCUCUUUUGCAUACAAGUCUGCAGUCUAAAUGACUUUUGCAUGCGGAAGAAAAAAUUGUUCCUUUGCCUUCGUAAACACUAGAUUUAAUAAUUCCCAUGGAGCUUGCGUAGGCACCAAGCGAGCCUUCCCUAGUAUUACGAAUUCAAAUAGGUUCGAGACUUGGCACCUGUUUAAAAAAUCAGUCGAUGGAGUUACGCCUGAGUCGAGUUUCGAUUCGCAGACGAAAGUCCAUGAAAGUUUCAACCAUUUACCACGGGUAACAGAUGGGCAUUUCGAGAAGGGAAACCAUACCUCCAUUUAUCUCGGUAUCCCUUUUAAACUCGAUUCUCUUCAACUUUCUAUUCGAUGUUACGUGCACCCACGUUAAUGAGUCUCAAGAUAUAAAACAUUGCGAGACCAUCGAGUCAAUUCACAUUUGGUCGAAGCCUGAUUUAAUUUGAUUAUUCAUAAUUUCUUACGUAAUGAUUUUAAUUAAAUUUAAUGUUCCCGAUUGAAUAUUUAUCAAAUUAGAAGUGUCUCAAGACUUAUGAACACAGCUGCACACUAAACUCCUUCCUAGUCGAUAUUUCUCGGUUUUUAUUUAGCCGACAGCGGAACGAACUUUCCUACACUGAAGGGUUAAUUAAACGACAUUACGGCUGUUCUUCAUGUAGCGAACCUUCGGAAACACCGAUUAAUCUUGCGCCACCACCUCGGAACCCAUUCCUCGAGGAAUUUCGCUCCGCACGCCGUCAUCCUCUCAGUUUUAACGUCCUAUUUUUUAUGCUCGACGAUCGUCCUGCGACUCUACCUCGUAUAGGGUUUCUUUAUCAAUGCCAACCCUCCAUUUAAUCCCACAAAAUGUAGCAAAGAGACGUGUCACUUUCUUUUUACCAGUGCAAAGAAAUUAGAAAGUUCUCUUCUAGUGUUCAGGCAUUUCACUAUUAAUAAACGAGGGCAGACAAGGAUAUUAAUGAUCGUUCAUCAAUGCCAUCGUGCUUUUAAUUUCAUAAAAUUUACUACACGAUGAAAUUAGAUUUUCUUUCCUAUUCCUGUAUCCACGCAGAAUUUUUUCUAUUAAUAGACGACAUAGCGUGCGGACAUUUCUUCGAGGAAUUGUUAAUAGUUUAUUUCUGGCAGAAGCUUGCAUAAUGCGGCUGACCUUCUCGUUCAUUAAAGCAAUAUGUCUUUUCAUGUUCCGCGAGGGAUUGUAUAUUCAACGAGUAGAAUUUUUCCCGAUUGUGCGUGAUCCCGGAGCGGCAGAGAACAUCGUUCCUCUACAAAUAUUUAUCCAGUAACCAAACGAUCAUCCACGCUCGAAGGAGCCGUUCGACUCUUGCUUUGAAUAACAAGCGACCCAAAAUUGGCAAACUUCCCAUUAUUUAUUCUUCGUGGCGUGGAAGUUUCAUGACGAUUCGUCCAUUAAAAACUUUGAUCGUAUCAAUAAGUGGAAGUUCCCGAAGACGAUUGAAAAUCAUGGACUCCCGCGACCUAAAAAACUCCUCCUAUGAAAUGGGGAAGAGCGUAAUGCCGUUUUCGUGUCGGCCGUCUUAUGUAAAUGUAACGCGGGCCAGCCAGCCAGUGCAAAGAAUAAACAAGCGAGCGCAUGUUUGCGAAAGAAAAUCGACUGUUCGCGUGAUCCCUGAGACACAUCCCUUGCUUCUUAUAAAAUCUAGUUUCCUAAUAUGUAUUUAUAUCGUUAAAAAAAAUCUCGUGCACGUUAAAUGCGUGUUCGUAAAAAUUCCCGAUAAAGGCGACUCGAGAAACGUGAAAUUGAGAUAUAGACUGUCCCUUGUCGUUCGUACACCAAAAUGGUUCUUGAACUUUUCAUCUAUCUUGUGAUUCGUAGCAAACGAGCAGAGAAAUUUAAACUUAAAACGAUUUUAGAUAGACAACUAGCGUUACACUUGUUCCUCGCGAGUCACACGAUUUUUCGAAGCCGUGUCAACGGCCGAGUUACAACGGGUUACAACGUUUUCGACGAAACUAGAAUACGUAGAUACCCGUAUGCGUGUCACGUACGGGGGAGCUCGGUUUUCAAUAAAAAGGGGGGGAGAGUCGAGCGACAGGGAACGCAUUUCUGUCUCGCGUUCUAAUCGACGCGCGACGGAACGUCCCCAACGGGUCGCGUCAUUUUUCGGUUUCCCCCGAAAUUAUUGACUGCAUUUUCGUCGCCGCUGUUGUUUCCCGCUGUUCGGAAACCAUUGUUAGCCGAUCUGCUCUGUCUCUGGUAACUGGACUGCGAAUUUCACGCAUUCGGAACGAGAUUGAACGUUACAUAGAAUAUCAAAAACGUAUUUCGAUGCUCCGAUGUCUUGUUUUGCAUAAAAGUUGUAACGGGGGAAAACAUUUUUCGAAAUGCCGUCCCGUCGAUUUUUACGCAAAAUGAAACACUGAUUCCUUUUAAAUUUCAAAUGCUCUGACACGCUUUUGAUAUUCUGCAACUUUUAUAUUUUCACAUUCGGUUUCCCUAUGAAUGCGUCAAGUUCGCAGCCUAUAAAUUGUCUCAUCGAGAGAAAUUGUUCCGAACGAAAAUGUAUCGAUGAUUUCGAGGGAGAAACCGUUCUCGCUGGGUACACGAUGGGAGACAACGUUUCAAUGGAUAAAUCCAUGGGCGCGUGGUCUGCCUCGUCGCUCGAGCAGUAGCAAUAAUCGUAAAACUUUGUUAACGCUGUUGAUAAGAAAAUUUUAAGCGGACGAACGUAUCCCGGCGCCAGAUAGACGCCACUGUUUGCUGGUCGAUCGCGAAACGACGAUCAAUCGAGGCUCUAGCAAUUUCUCAUUUAAUUAUUGUUCACCUAAUUUUCAAUCGAACGCACUCUUUCAAUUGAAUUAAAAUCGUCUUCUCGCUCGCCUUGGCCAGACGCCUUUUAUAUCAGUGAUUCUUAACCUCCUGUUUCGUUUGAUUAAAAAUUUAAUCGUUCAUUGAUUAGGCCGCAUAAUCGAUUCAACGCUCCAAUGCUUAAUGCAUCUGUUUAAACGAAAUAUUCACGAACGUUGAAUUUUAUACAAAAAUCUGUUGAUUUUAAUUAACCGUUUCAUGCACAAACAUCCGUUUCCUGGUUAAGAAUCGCGGAUGGAACGUUGCAGGAAGCGAUUCGGAUUAAACUAUUUAACUCGUAUACACCAGCGAAUCACGAACUUAAGAAUUGACUUUUAAGUAAUUUUUACAUUUUCCAAGGAGAAUUAUAACGAACAGAGGAGAGAAUUUUCGCUUAGUGAGAUUUCUAGUUGCUUUUCGUGUAACAAAAAAAAAAAAAAACCUCUCGUAGUUAAAGCUUCAGUCGAGCAACACAGUUUUUUGGCUCGCCUGGUAGUACCAAGGCGCAAAAGGAAAAAGGAUUUGAGAGAGAGAAAUGUAAGAGGACAAAAGAGAAGAGAAAUAAGAAAUCGACGUCAAAGGAGAAUAGAAAUGAUAUAAAGGAAUGCGUUUGAUAUGUCCUUUUUGGCUUUGCCUACUCGAAAGAUUCUUAUAGAUCAUUUUUUCAAUUCACGAUUAUCCAGGGAGAGAAGAGAGAAUAAGAGACUCGAAUGUCAACACGGUUUAAAAGUGUCCGAUAGAACGACUGGACCACAAGAGGUAUUUGGGUCCGAGCAUUUAGUGCCUAUUUAAUACCUUCUGUGAAUCAUUUGCUGUCCGUGAAAACAGAAGAAUAAUUAUGAAAAGCCCUCCAUGAUUUCAUAUCAUACAUUUCGGUUUUUCGUUUCAUAUAAUAUUUUCAGUUUUGUUCGUAACGUCGGGAAAAAGUUAUUAGAAAGUAAAUGGGAAACGUGAACCGAAAUAUCUAGUUUGGUCCAGUCGUCGAUUCUGACAAGCGCGUUUACGACGAUGCUGUUCCUCUCGAAUGGAAACUGUUCGAUACUGAUGGGAAUACGAGAAUCCAGUUGUUAGGACGGGCUUUAUCGCGACAAUCAAAACGGUUUAUAAGUUUUACAAGGUCCUGCCAUCGGUCGGGAAAAAGUAAUUCCGAUAAAAACGCGAAACGAUCGGCUUCUUCUUCUCUCUGUCUCUCUUUCUUCCGGCUCUCCUGUCCUUCUCUUUUCCGACACGCACACGAAUCUCUCUCUUUCUCUCUUUUCCUCCGAACAUCGUUCAAUCGAAAUGAAUGCGUACAAUUGAUAUAAAUGAAACUAUUCUACUAUAACGCGAACUCAACAUAUUUUUAAACGCUGCAAACGGAAAGUUAAACAAGCUACUACUCUAAAUGCGUGCCACCACUACUUGUAUCGCUACUCGUAAUCGCUACUAAUUACUGCUAGUUAUACUAUAACGCUAAUCCACCGUUACUCUAUUUACAGCGACACAAAUCUUUACUCUAUCGCGUCUAACACACACCCCUUCACAGGUCUUGAAACAAAAUUGUUACACGCUCUUUUAUAUCUAAUAUGAUUUUCUCGUUUAUGCGGAUUACGACAAAUCGAUGAAACGAUUCGAAGAGAAAAUUGAUUACAUUUAUUCGAAACACGAAUUAAUUGAAAUCGAUUCAUGGUUUAUUAUCUGAUCAGUGAGUUUUAUCAAACGUUUCGAAGCGUCUUGAGAUCUGUGAACGGGAACAGAAGGUUGCAGGAAUACACGCGGUUGAACACGUACACGAGAGCACGAGACAUGCACACAUACACGAACAAAGACGAACCACACACGAUCCAACAUAUGUCAAAGGUCAUUGUUUUACGAACUUUCUGUGAUAAUUAUUAACAAUCAGUAAAUACAAGGGAAAUCGAUAGUUGCGGGGUGGCAGGGAAGGGGUUGCGAGAUCUCGGCACCUCUGCGGGGAAAUAGGAGAGGCGGACAGACAAUGCUGACUGGAUUGAAGAGUGUUACGCGACAGAAUGAAAACGUUGCCGUUCCGUAUACGUAAGUAGUUUGUCGAGGGACAUUCAUGGGCCCGUCGAUGAAUACGGUUUGUUCGAUGACGGAAAGUCGUAUUAUUACCGCGACCUCGAUAUACUAUACGCGUUGCUCGGUUGCCACGAAAAUCUAAGCGCAUUGUUAUUUUGUAUGGUCCCAUGCGUUUUUUCUAAAUGACGACGACAUCGUAACACACGAUAAUGAUGGUGAUUAAUAAAAAUAAAUUUGAAGCACAACAACUA